AUGGCGAGUAAAACGCUGAAAAAGUCGGCAUCGGCGAUUUCGGACACUCUUCGAAGAACUUUCUCUUCGAAAACGUGGGAACAUCGAGAACAACUUCAUACUCUUACUGAAGAUAAUAAGUUCUUUCUCCGUAAGGUUCGAUGGCAGAUAGCUCUUCUAGCUCAUUUAGGAUUUGCAAUUUCAUUUGGAAUUCGAUCGAAUUUUGGUGUGGCAAAGAAUCGAAUGGUCAAUAACUUCACAGAUGCUUACGGAGAAGUUCAUGAAAAGGAGUUUUUCUGGACUGGAACUGAAGUCGGAAUGAUGGAGAGCUCAUUCUUCUACGGAUACGCUGCUUCUCAGAUUCCGGCCGGAGUUCUCGCUUCCAAAUUCGCUCCAAAUAAACUCUUCAUGCUUGGUAUUCUCAUCGCCUCUCUUCUCAAUAUCCUGACUGCCGUUUCUCUGAAAUUUCACCCAUUUACUGAUAUAUUCGUGAUGGUUAUUCAAACAAUGCAAGGGCUCGCUUUGGGUGUCUGUUAUCCAGCAAUGCACGGAGUCUGGAAGUUCUGGGCUCCGCCUCUCGAAAGAUCAAAGUUAGCAACGACGACAUUCACAGGAGCAUCGGUUGGAGUAAUGAUUGGAUUACCGGCAUCUGCUUAUCUAGUAUCUCAUUUUCACUGGAGUGCUCCAUUCUAUGUAUUCGGAGUUUUGGGAAUUAUCUGGUCUCUCGCAUGGAUGUACGUAGCUGGAAGUAGUCCAACAACUCACAAUUACAUUAGUGAAGACGAGAAGAAAUUCAUCACUGAGAAAGUAGGAUCUGUUGCUGUUAAAAACAUGACGUUAACCACACUGCCAUGGCGUGACAUGAUGACAUCUACUGCUGUCUGGGCUAUCAUUAUCUGCUCUUUCUGUCGUUCAUGGAGUUUCUUUUUACUUCUCGGAAAUCAGCUCACUUACAUGAAAGAUGUUCUUCAUAUUGAUAUCAAAAACAGUGGAAUAAUUGCAAUUUUCCCUCAACUUGGAAUGUGUAUUGUCACUCUCACUAGUGGUCAACUCUCUGAUUAUCUUCGUUCGUCUGGAAAAAUGAGUACAGAAGCCGUGAGAAAGUCAGUGAAUACAUUUGGAUUCACUGUUGAAGCUGUCAUGUUGGGAAGUCUUGCAUUCAUUCGGGAUCCUGUUAUCGCUGUAACAUGUUUAAUCAUUGCUUGUUCUGGAGCUGGAGCUGUUCUUUCCGCUUUCAAUGUUAAUCAUUUCGAUAUUGCUCCAAGAUAUGCACCGAUUCUCAUGGGUAUUGCAAACGGUUUGGGUGCGAUCGCAGGAGUCGGAGGAAUCGUUACGAAUUCGAUGACUUUUGAGAACCCGGAAGGCUGGAAAUGGGUGUUCCUCCUUGCCAUGUCCAUCGACAUUUGCGGAAUCAUUUUCUUCCUAGUUUUUGCAAAAGGAGAUGUUUUGCCAUGGGCGCGUGAGCCAGAAAAGGAAGAGACAUUCAAUGAAUUUGUGCGACGAAUGUCCACAAUGGUCAGAAGUUUGUCAAGAAGAACAAGGAGUCGCAGUACUGAUACCAACUAUGCAAAAAUGGAAGAGGAAAGAGUCAACUCAUCAGAAAUGAAAGCAUGUAAUAAAACAGAGACACCAACUGAAGAGGGAGUUCUGAAUGAAACGAAGGCAGUUGGUGGAAAUCUUGAAGUUGUUCCAGAAGAACCAUCACAGAAAAACUUGAAAACGGAUAGACCAGAAGUCUAG